AUGGCUUGCACAGCAGGCGGAAUCGGACAUUCGCUCGCUCUCGAUUUCCACUCGCGCGGCUACAUAGUUCUUGCCAGCGCGCGUUCCGCGUCUAAGAUUGAAGAUUUGAAUGGGUUGGGUAUUAGGACAUUGAGUCUAGAUGUUACGGACGGGAAGAGUAUUGAGGGAGCGAAGAGGGAGGUAGAGGACUUGAUUGAGAGCGGGGUGAUUGCGGGUUUGGAUGUUCUAGUUAAUAAUGCGGGAAGAAAUUGCACGAUGCCUGCUUUAGAUGUAGAUUUGGACGAUGCGAGACAUUGUUUUGAAACGAAUGUUUUUGGUGUCAUGGCUAUGUGCCAGGUCUUUACACCCCUAUUGAUCAAACGAAAAGGGCUCAUUGUCAAUAUUGGAAGUUUAGCCGCAAUCCUCCCCUACGUCUUCGGCAGCGUAUACAACGCCUCUAAAGCCGCUCUACAUGCCUAUUCCCGAACUCUCCGCCUCGAACUCGCACCCUUCUCCGUUCGCGUAAUGGUCGUCGUAACAGGCGGCGUCCAAUCAAACAUUGCUCGCACCCCGCGCGCAUUGCCCCCCUCAUCCCUUUACCUCGAAAUCGAAGAUGAGUUCCAAACAAGAGUAGUUCAUUCUCAGAGUGCAGGCUCGAUGCCCAAUGCGGAAUAUGCGAAGGGAAUAGUGGAUGCGGUUGUGAAAGGAGGUGUGAGGACAAUGUGGAGGGGAAAUAAGACGUGGAUUGUAUGGUUUGCGAGGAAUUGGUUGGGGAGUUGGUUUUUUGAUUUAGUCCUGCCCGGGAUGUUUGGGUUGAGGAGAUUGGAGAGGUUAGUGAGGGAAAGGAGCGUUGAGGAUGGGAAGAAGACGUUGUGA